GUGGGCGGGGCGUGUGCGGACUGAGGGCUCUGCUUCCGGGGCGCGGGUGACGCGACGUUCGCGACACUUUCCUGCGGAGCGCCUCGGACGUCGAAGCCUGGAGUCUCUGCUGCUUCCGCUCUUCCGCUGCCUCAUUCCGUUGCUUCCUAGCCUUGGUCGUCGCCGCCGCCAUGAACAAGAAGAAGAAGCCGUUCCUGGGGAUGCCCGCUCCGCUCGGCUACGUGCCGGGGCUGGGCCGGGGCGCCACUGGCUUCACCACACGGUCAGACAUCGGGCCCGCCCGUGAUGCAAAUGAUCCCGUGGAUGAUCGCCACGCGCCCCCAGGCAAGAGAACUGUUGGGGACCAGAUGAAGAAAAACCAGGCUGCUGACGAUGACGAUGAGGAUCUAAAUGACACCAAUUACGACGAGUUUAAUGGCUACGCUGGGAGCCUCUUCUCAAGCGGACCCUAUGAGAAAGAUGACGAGGAAGCGGAUGCCAUUUACGCAGCCCUGGAUAAAAGGAUGGAUGAAAGAAGAAAAGAAAGACGGGAGCAAAGGGAGAAAGAAGAAAUAGAGAAUAUCGUAUGGAGCGCCCCAAAAUCCAACAGCAGUUCUCAGAUCUCAAAAGGAAGUUGGCGGAAGUCACAGAAGAAGAGUGGCUGAGCAUCCCUGAGGUUGGCGAUGCCAGAAACAAGCGCCAGCGGAACCCACGCUAUGAGAAGCUGACCCCGGUUCCUGACAGCUUCUUUGCCAAACAUUUACAGACCGGAGAGAACCAUACCUCAGUGGAUCCCCGACAGACUCAAUUUGGAGGUCUUAACACACCCUAUCCAGGUGGACUAAACACUCCAUACCCAGUGGAAUGACACCAGGAUUGAUGACACCUGGCACCGGUGAGCUGGACAUGAGGAAGAUUGGCCAAGCCAGGAACACUCUGAUGGACAUGAGGCUGAGCCAGGUGUCUGACUCCGUGAGUGGACAGACCGUCGUUGACCCCAAAGGCUACCUGACGGAUUUAAAUUCCAUGAUCCCGACACACGGAGGGGACAUCAAUGAUAUCAAGAAGGCACGACUGCUCCUCAAGUCUGUUCGGGAGACGAACCCUCAUCACCCGCCAGCCUGGAUUGCGUCAGCCCGCCUGGAAGAAGUCACUGGGAAGCUACAAGUAGCUCGGAACCUUAUCAUGAAGGGGACAGAGAU